GGUGGCAGACGAUGUAGUAAUGUUACUAAAUAGAGCUGCGUUUUUAAAAGUGACUUGGACAUGGCUCCAUGGCCUGAACUAGAAGACACAGAGACCAGCAAAUAUAUCGAACAGCCUUGCUCCAAACAAAACCAAGUCAUGUCUGAAAAAGAGAUGAAAAACCCCAAAGAUGAGGGAGUUUCCUUUAGGAAUCAGAUCGAACUCUUGCCUGCGUAUUCCACCAUUGCUUUGACAACUGAACCAGACGAAGAAGAGGAUCCAUGGAAUAUACCGGUGCUCCAGAACACUGGAGUCAAAUGGUCAGAACUCGAUGGGAAAGGCAAAAUACUGUGUGUGUUAAAAGGCAUUGGAAAGUUUAUUGCCUUGCUUGGAUUGCUCUACUUUUUUGUCUGUUCCUUGGAUGUGCUCAGCUCCGCCUUCCAGUUAGUAGGAGGUAAAGCAGCAGGGGACAUUUUCAAAGAUGGUUCUGUGCUAUCAAAUCCUGUCGCAGGCCUAGUGAUUGGCGUUCUGGUGACAGUAAUGGUGCAGAGUUCCAGCACCUCUUCAUCAAUCAUAGUCAGCAUGGUGUCCUCUUCAUUGUUGACCGUUCAGCAUGGUAUUCCAAUCAUCAUGGGAGCCAAUAUUGGUACCUCCGUCACAAACACCAUUGUGGCACUCAUGCAAGCUGGAGACAGGAAUGAAUUUCGAAGGGCCUUUGCUGGGGCUACGGUCCAUGACUUCUUUAACUGGCUUUCAGUGUUUGUGCUAUUGCCCAUUGAAGUUGCCACAGGCUAUCUUUAUCACCUUACAAAUGUUAUAGUGAAAUCAUUUCAACUUGAAAGUGGGGAAAAUGCUCCUGAGCUGUUGAAAGUCAUCACUGAUCCUUUUACAAAACUUAUUAUCCAGCUUGAUAAAUCAGUGAUAAGUAAAAUCGCUACAGGAGAUGAGUCUGCAAAAAAUGAAAGCCUAGUGAAAAGAUGGUGCCAAACUAAAACCAAUGUGACAGCACUGAAUACCACUGUACCGUCAUCUGAAAAUUGCACCUCUCCAGACCUUUGCUGGACUAACGGAAACAUGACCUGGACCAUCAAAAAUGUAUCCACCACAGAAUAUAUUAAAAAAUGUGAACACAUUUUUGCAGGAACAAGUCUCCCGGACCUUGCCAUUGGUCUCAUCUUGCUUGCAUUGUCCUUGAUUGUUCUGUGCACCUGCUUGAUACUUAUAGUCAAGCUGCUAAAUUCGGUACUUAAAGGACAAGUAGCAAGUGUUAUCAAGAAGACGCUCAACACUGAUUUUCCUUUUCCAUUUUCUUGGGUGACAGGAUACUUGGCUAUGCUAGUGGGAGCUGGCAUGACCUUCAUUGUUCAAAGCAGUUCAGUGUUCACAUCUGCUAUUACCCCACUUGUUGGAAUUGGUGUUAUAAGCAUUGAACGGGCAUACCCUCUAACGCUGGGAUCCAACAUUGGUACAACCACAACAGCUAUUCUUGCUGCUUUAGCUAGUCCGGGAAGUAGAUUGAAGUAUUCCUUACAGAUUGCUCUGUGUCACUUCUUUUUCAAUAUAUCUGGAAUUCUCCUCUGGUACCCGAUCCCUUUCAUGCGCCUCCCAAUUCGCUUGUCCAAAGCCUUGGGGAACAUAACUGCCAAGUACAGAUGGUUUGCCGUUUUUUACCUUGUCCUCUGCUUCUUCCUGAUCCCUUUGGCUGUCUUUGGCCUGUCCGUGGCUGGCUGGCAGUACCUUGUGGGCGUUGCAGUUCCCAUCUUGGUGGUCAUAAUCGCUGUUAUCAUCAUCAGCAUUCUGCAAAGGAAAUGGCCACAGUUGCUGCCGCAGAAGCUCAGAAACUGGCACUUCCUCCCUAGAUGGAUGCACUCCUUGCAGCCCUUGGAUAACGUUGUUACUCUUGCAAGCUCUGCCUGUGGAAGGUACUGUUGCUGCUGUUGCAAAUGUUGUAGAGGCAAGGAAGAUGAAGAAACAGCAAAAGAAAAGUCAACCAAAGUUAUGGAAGUUCAUGAAAACCCAGUAUCGCUGGCUGAUGAAGAAAAUAGUAUUUCAAAGGCACAACAGGCAACGGAGUCAAACCAAAUGGACUUGAGUAUUACCGCCUUAUAGCAGACAAAGAGUUAAGGUCUCAAAGACAAAGGAAAAAGAAGAGGGGGGGGAUGGAUGCCUGCUUCUUGCAUCUAGUGAAAAGAAUGCACUGGCGAUGGCUAGCAGGAAGCGAAUCAAGUCCAAAGUAUUUGUUGCACAUUAAGAAUAUACGCGGUCCCAGGUGCCUUGUGUGGUCUUCCCACUGACCUGCCGAACCAGGAAGCAGGUAGUAGCGUAGUGGUGAAGUGUAGGUCUGACUCAGUGCUAUAACGAGGCCUAUCGGACUUUCUGCUCUGGUUUAAUACUGCUACAAACUGCA